AUAAACAUCAACUUUAUGCUCCAGGAUCUGCUACCUUUUUGACGUAAAUAUGAGAUAAUUUUCUCGUCCUAGGCUCAGAUCUCGAAAGCGAAAUAUCGGAAGCGUUAAAGUGUCAACACCGAAGAUUAAAUAUGCUUUUUGUCAGGUAGAAAAUGAAAUUUUAUCACCGUAAUGGUUUUAUCAUGGCCGAACGAUCACAAACUCGCUGAAGAUGAAGGGUGUUUAACCCAAACGACAAUGGAAAGAAAGUCUGAAGUCUGGAUCGCUAGUGACUGUUGUUAAAGGACAGAAAUAUGAACGUAAAAACCGAAGACUUUACGAUCACAAGGAUCGAUUCACUGGAUCAAAACGGCGGGCUUUCCCCUGGAGGAAAAUCUGUUGGGGAUUUCUUGCCAAAACCAGAGAGCGAUCAAAGUCAAGCUUCGCCGAACAAAGAUCAUCCUUCAAAUUCGCCUUCUCUGGCCGGUCUUUUACAGCGUUUAUUAGGAUGUCUGAAACCUGUGUGGAUGAUUCUCGGUAAGGCUUCAAAAGAGCGGAAAUCAGAUUCGUGGGUUAUUCCAUUUGACGAAAUUGGCGAGCUGGAAUGGUUGGGUUCUGGCGCUCAAGGGGCAGUAUUUUUGGGACUUUAUGCUGGACAACAAGUCGCAGUGAAGAAAGUUCGUCGCGAGGCCGAUACCGACAUUAAACACUUGAGGAACAUAAAUCAUCCGAACAUUGUCAAAUUCAGAGGAAUAUGCAAUCAAGCUCCAGUUCACUGCAUAGUUAUGGAAUUCUGUCCAAAUGGUCAACUAUAUGAGGUUUUACGUAAUGGACGUCAAAUCACUCCUUCCUUACUGGUGAAGUGGUCAAAGCAAAUUGCAGAUGGAAUGCAUUAUCUUCAUGUUCACAAAAUUAUUCACCGGGAUUUGAAGUCUCCGAAUGUCCUUGUUGGUGCAGAUGACCUGCUCAAAAUAUCUGACUUUGGUACCUGUAAGGAAUUCAGUGAAAAGAGUGCUAAGAUGACAUUUGCUGGAACUGUUGCUUGGAUGGCUCCUGAAGUUAUCAGAAAUGAGCCCUGCUCUGAGAAGGUUGAUGUAUGGUCAUUUGGUGUCCUUUUGUGGGAGUUACUCACAGGAGAAAUGCCCUACAGGGAUGUGGAUUCCUCUGCCAUAAUCUGGGGAGUUGGCAGCAACAGUUUACAUCUCCCUGUGCCAACCACCUGUCCAGAAGGCUUUAAACUUCUUAUGAAACUCUGUUGGAAUAGUAAACCAAAGAAUCGGCCAUCUUUCCAACAAGUUCUUCUUCAUGUAGACAUUGCAGCUGGAGAUGUGAUCAAAACACCACAGGAGUUUUAUUUGAACCGACAAAUAACAUGGAGGGGGGAAAUCAAGGAACAGUUCGAAAAGAUGAAGAAUAGAAGCAGUGUACACAUGCAGAAUCUUCAACAACUGCAAAAACUUGACGAGGAACUCAUUAGAAGAAGGAAGGAAGAGCUUCGACAUGCUCAGGAUAUCCGAGUUCAUUAUGAGCAGAAGUUGGAGAGAGCUAACAGUUUGUACAAAGAAUUAAACGAAUGCAUGCAGCAUCUGGAAGCCCGAGAAAAGGAACUUCUCAGACGCGAACGUCAAUUUCGAGUCCUAAACAUCAGGAAGAGGCAGAUGAAGGCAGAGCUUAAGGGACGCACUUCUGAUGUGGAGAAAGGAGAGCUCGAUCAAUUGGUCACAAGGCCACCCUCUUCAAGCUGUCCCAACACCUCAAGCAGUUCCAGCAGCCCAACAGAACACGACUGCUGGCCUCAAGAAGCCGACAGUGACGAACAACAGACACAGAGUUACUUUAAAAAGAUUAAAAGAAGUCGCGGUUGUUUAAACAAAUCAAAGCGUCGUAGAUCACCCGGAACACCAAGGGCUCUGACCCAAAAUAUUAAGGACCUUAUGUCCCCAGAGGGCCCAAACAAAGGACACAAAAAGGGGCCUUGUUGUCAGGGUCGUAUAGAAGGCACUUCUUGGGGUAAUACAGAUGAGAGUCCUGGUAGUUGUAGUGACAUUGACAAUAAUCUUGCUACAUUAAGCCACUCCUGUAGUGAUUGCCCCUACACGCCUGGGUCUCCUGUCAUCAAUGUCACAGGACGGAUAGCGAAACGGAGAAAAAGAUGGAACUCAAACUCAGAGAGCUCCUCUGAGAGUAAUCAUCUUUCACCGCGGAAAUGCUCGGCAGAUGAAAUAUCCGACCUCGAGCCAGAGUUUAUUCCUAAACUGACGAACGACUCUAUGGAACUGACAGAAGAUGAACAAUUUACAAACGUCAUUCUUCAAUUUUCAGAAUCGUGUCUAGACGAAGAGCCUUGCACCCAAGAGGAGAACAAAAAGACAAGCUGUGCAGCCGGAGAUAAAACCCUGUCUCUUCCUGAUUCAUCUGUGUAGAAUAUUUUAAUUUACCAUAAAUAAUUAACUUGCUGCUGGGCAGCAAAUUUUGACAGAAUCCAUGCCUAAAAGGUACCCAGUCUCUUUGAAGGUCGAUUUAGCUGAGAAUGGGGCUGAGCUCUACUGAAAUGUGGACUUUGUCAUUUGAAUUGUAACAGAACCUUUAGGCAAAUGAACACCUGCUAUCGCUUAGCAACGACACAUAAUUGAAUUGCAAAUAUCGAAGUUUUAUCUUUUUUAUCGUAAGUUUUAAGCGCUCAAACAUUCAUAAUUUGUGGCUCAUAGGCCAUCAGCAAGUGUCAAUGAAAUUUGUAUUCUAAUUUCUGGUGUUAUGAUUGCGUCUGCAAUAUAUUUAUUACAUUGAAUCUCAUGUUAAUCCAGCGCUGGUAUU